UAGUAAAAUGUUCCCAGAACCUCCCUGGAACCACAGUAAAACGUUCUCAGAACUCCCCUGCAACCACAGUAAAACGUUCUCAGAACUCCCCUGCAACCUAAAUUAUUGUUCCCAUAACAGGCAAAAUUUUCACUUCCAUUCUCAGAACAUUUAAAAAAACAUUCAGUUUUACAGGUCAGGAAACGUAUGCUUUGUUCCCAGAACCAAUCGGAAGCCAAAAACGUACGUUCCCACAAGUUCCAAGGACCCAAAUGUGCUAUCUGGGUAAUUGCUACUAAAUAAUUAGGCUACUGAGCAACAGAAUGUUGUUGUGCUCUUUUGGUCAGAAAACCACCAACUAUUGUAGCAAAUUUGGGGGGGUUUCCAUGACCUGGACUCAAACCCAGAUCCGAACCUCUUGAUGUGGUCGCUAGGUGUUGGGUUAAGGUUGGUAAAGUAUUGAUGAUACAAUGUUAGAAAACCAUAACGAAAACAAAAUAUUUACUUCAUGGCUGGUUUCCAUGUCUACAUGUUGGGAUCUCUGUGUAAACACACACAUGUGAAAAGGGUUCUCAACACAAACAAGUAGCCUUUAGUUUUCUUACCAGAUGGUUAUAAAGGCCUCUCAUCUUCAGGUAGCCUAUUUAACAACUUGUCAGUAACCUUGAGUUGCUUGCUGUGUGAUUCAUCAUACCAAAAGUGUGAAAUGGCUCCCAAGUGGCGCAGCGGUCUAAGGCAAAGCAUCUCAGUGCAAGAGGUGUUGCUACAGUCCCUGGUUCGAAUCAAACCCUGUAUUAUAAGGUUCAGUGAGAGGUCAUGUUGGGGCUUGGGUUGCUUCCUGGUUGGAGAUAGGGUUGCUUCCUGGUUGGAGAUAGGGUUGCGUCCUUGUUGGUGCUAGAGUUGCUUCCUGGUUGGUGCUUGGGUUGCUUCCUGGUUGGUGCUCGGGUUGCUUCCUGGUUGGUGCUAGGGUUGCUUCCUGGUUGGUGCUCGGGUUGCGUCCUUGUUGGUGCUAGAGUUGCUUCCUGGUUGGUGCUAGGGUUGCUUCCUGGUUGGUGCUAGGUUUGCUUCCUGGUUGGUGCUAGAGUUGCUUCCUGGUUGGUGCUCGGGUUGCUUCCUGGUUGGUGCUAGGGUUGCUUCCUGGUUGGUGCUAGGUUUGCUUCCUGGUUGCAAGAUUCUCGGAAUCAGAGGGUAAUAAGAAGGAAAUAUGGAAUUCUCCAACCAGGACUUCUAUAAAACCUGUUGCUGGUUGCAUCCUAAAUUGCAACCUAUUUCCUAUGUAGUGCACUGCUUUUGACCCUACCUAGGGAAUUGGGUGCCAUUUGGCAAACAGGCAGUGUCUGACCUUGAGAGAUUUAUUAAGUUAAUAAUCUGUUAUUUAUUUUGACCUUGUAGGUACAGCACUGGCUGAUGGGUGUAUUGACUCAGGGAGGAUACAGUGCUGGCUGAUGGGGGUAUUGACUCAGGGAGGAUACAGCACUGGCUGAUGGGGGUAUUGACUCAGGGAGGAUACAGUACUGGCUGAUGGGGGUAUUGACUCAGGGAGGAUACAGCACUGGCUGAUGGGGGUAUUGACUCAGGGAGGAUACAGUACUGGCUGAUGGGGGUAUUGACUCAGGGAGGAUACAGUACUGGCUGAUGGGGGUAUUGACUCAGGGAGGAUACAGUACUGGCUGAUGGGGGUAUUGACUCAGGGAGGAUACAGUACUGGCUGAUGGGGGUAUUGACUCAGGGAGGAUACAGUACUGGCUGAUGGGGGUAUUGACUCAGGGAGGAUACAGUACUGGCUGAUGGGGGUAUUGACUCAGGGAGGAUACAGUACUGGCUGAUGGGGGUAUUGACUCAGGGAGGAUACAGUACUGGCUGAUGGGGGUAUUGACUCAGGGAGGAUACAGUACUGGCUGAUGGGGGUAUUGACUCAGGGAGGAUACAGUACUGGCUGAUGGGGGUAUUGACUCAGGGAGGAUACAGUACUGGCUGAUGGGGGUAUUGACUCAGGGAGGAUACAGUACUGGGUGAUGGGGGUAUUGACUCAGGGAGGAUACAGUACUGGCUGAUGGGGGUAUUGACUCAGGGAGGAUACAGCACUGGCUGAUGGGUGUAUUGACUCAGGGAGGAUACAGUACUGGCUGAUGGGGGUAUUGACUCAGGGAGGAUACAUGGAUACAGAUUGCUGUGAUUACUCCUGAUGUUUCCAACACUUCUGACAUCAUGUGAAGGGCUCAAGAGAGGAUGAAGAGGAGGAGGGGUGACAUGCACAUCCUACAGAUCACCGGUUCUUCACAAAAAUAAUAGUUAGAUAAAGAAGUCAUCUAGAGACGAGCACCAUGAUGGAGUCUAUUCAGUCUACACCUGAUGUCUUCACCACAGACAGCAUCUCGAGAGAACCAUACCAUGAGACCCAACAGUCACCGUCCAACUCAACCAUACCCGUCGAGCAUCACUACAGCUUCCACAAUUCCCUACUAGGUGUCUUCCUGGGCUUCCUGUCCCUGCUCACCGUCGUCAUGAACAUCCUGGUACUCUACGCUGUGAAGAAGGAGCGGACCCUCCACACGGUGGGCAACCUCUACAUCGUCAGCCUCUCCGUGGCGGAUCUCAUCGUCGGGGCCACCGUCAUGCCCCUCAACCUGGUGUAUCUCCUGGAGGACGAGUGGAGGCUGGGAAGGGUCGUCUGUCAGUUCUGGCUCAUCAUGGAUUACGUAGCCAGCACAGCCUCCAUCUUUAGUCUGUUUAUACUAUGUCUGGAUCGGUAUCGGUCCGUUCACGAGCCGCUGAGGUACCUGAAGUACCGAACCAGAAGGAGAGCUAGCGUUAUGAUCUCAGGGGCCUGGUUGUUGUCUACGACGUGGAUUAUUCCUAUUCUAGGGUGGAGGUCGUUUGCUACUGUCGAUCUUAAACCGGAAAUGGAAAAUAAGUGUGACACUGAUUUCCGGUUUGUCACGUGGUUUAAGGUUUUAACUUCCGUGUUUAACUUCCACCUUCCGUCUCUGUUGAUGCUGUGUUUCUACUCACGCAUCUACAUGGCUGUGAGGAGGCACUUCAGAGAGAGGGAAAAGAUUAUCAAUCCUACAGAUUCCACGGCGGAAAACCGUAUCGGACACAAAGUCCAAACAGGAAAUAGACCCUGCGGGUCUUCUAACGAGGAAAAUAAGGGAAACGACUGUGACUUUGAUCAGUACACUUUAGACCAGCUGUACAACUCAACAGAUACGGCUGAAACCGACGCAUCCAGGGAACCCAAGUCUGAGAAAGACGCUCACUCCAGUCAUUCACUGCUCAGAAUGACAAAACGUCUGAGGACGACUGUAAAGGGCAAAAGAAAGAGCAUCUCUUUGUCUUUUCAGGAGAAGAAUUCAGACUCAGAGACCCCUUUGAACCUGUCAACGUUACCUCUCCGCUUCACACACACCGACGACAACAACGCGCAGGGACUGUACGUAUCCGUGAGCGACAUAGCCGCGCCGCUAAACUCUGCGGCUGGCGUUUGCGAGAUAACCCAGAUAGCUGACGUGCAGAGAUACACCACCAUGUUGUACAACGAUUUCACCCUGUCUCUGAAUUCACCCCCGUCACCAUGGCCCCAGGAGGACUCGGAGCCCGACGAUGGGGCUAACCCGGACGCUGUAGCCGACGCUGUGACUCUAAAGCAGACCUGGCAGAAGUUCUGUGCCCAGUCCAGGCAGCGUAUCCAGAGCCUUCAGGUCCAUAAGGAGCACAAAGCGGCCAAGCAGCUGGGCUGUAUUAUAGCUGGGUUCAUGACGUGCUGGAUCCCAUACUUCAUAGUCUUUAUGGUCAUGGCUUUCUGCCAAACCUGUGUACAUCACGACCUACAUAUGUUCACGAUAUGGCUUGGGUAUAUAAACUCUACCUUGAACCCGUUCAUAUACCCCCUCUGCAAUGAGAAUUUCAAAAGGGUGUUCAAAAAGAUUUUACACAUUCAUUUGUGAUGAAAGGUUUUCUGAACAGUGUCUUGAUUGGCAGGUAGCCCUUUAAGUUAUGUUAUCGAUGCUGCUUUAAACUUCGGUGUGCUUGCAUGUUUUGAGUAACUUCAAUUUUGGUACCUUAACUGUGUAUAGUUUUGUAAAUAUAAUGCUUAUUUAUUGUAGGCCUAACUAUUUCUGUAUCAAACCCAAACAUCAUCCUUCUCACUCAACAAACCAUGCAUUCCAGUCUUCAUGGAGUCUUGUCUGACUUUUUUAUUUCAGUCAGUCGUGUCUGUAAUUUCCAAUAAAAUAGAUCCCCUUUUUCAAUACAAUCUGGUUCAAGUUCAAACCUUAAUUGUCAAUUUUCUGUGACAACGGAAAUGUGUCUUAUCUCAAACCGCAACCAACCAUGCACUCCAGUCUUCAUGGAGUCUUGUCUGACUUUUAACAUUUAUUUUAGUCGUUCGUGUCUGUAAUUUCCAAUGAAAGUGUCUGAACUGGGGUGGUUUGUUAUGGAUGAGUAGCCUACGCAACUGUUACACUGUACUUCCCUUACCAAAAAUGUUUAUACAAAAAGACAUAUACAUCUCAAAUUGUUUCAGUGAUUUGUCUUGAUUUGAGGGGGCGCCAGUGUAGACUAAACCUUACUGCUGUUUACCACAGUGUGAGC